AUGGCUGGCAACUCACAAUCAGGUGUGCGUGGCCUAUAUAAAACGGUGCGGGGCAUUGACCCCAAACUUCGUAAACUUUACACACCAGACCGAGACGACAUGUUCGAGUGCCUUGACCGAAGUGAAAAAAUACCAUUUGCUCGUCUCAAUGAUAAUUACUGUGACUGUCCUGAUGAUGGUAGUGAUGAACCGGGUACAAAUGCUUGUCCCAGUGGAAAGUUUUACUGUAUUGCUGAGGAACGGUUUGUACCAUCAAAUCGAAUCAAUGACGGUAUUUGUGACUGCUGUGAUGGCGCAGAUGAAUGGGGAAGUAAACCAGAUAUCGGUCAAUUACCCAAGAGUCUCCUUGUUUUCAAUUCACCAUGUGAAAAUAGAUGUGGUCCAUUGAAUGUCAUGAGUAAAAAGAGACAAAUUAUUUAA